GGGAAGUCGAUAUGGUUUCUAUAAGAAGCUCAUUACUUUUAAAUAAAUACUUUCAGACAUUAUGUUAUUUGGAAUAUUUAACGUUUAAUAAGAAAAAAAACUCUGGAAAAAUCAAUAGUCAAAAGAAUCUAGGAGUUAAAAAACAAGGAAGGUUAAAAAUAAACAAAUAUGCAGAUGGAGACAGUUAGUUAUGGUGAAACGGCCCAUUGGAAUGAUAAUGACUAUAUACAGUCACCAUCAGUAACUAAUUUAAGAAUGAGUAGAUUCCGACGUAUCACUUCAAUGACAUGUUUAUUUAAUAUAAUUAUAACAAUAGCUUUCAUUUUAAUGACCGUGAUUGUUAUCAUAUUUGCUUUAUCAUACUUUGGGAUAUGGUUUAAUAAUUCACAACCAAAUGUUGUAAAUAUUUUCUGUGGAAAAAUUAAAGGUAUUCAAAAGGAUGAUUAUACAAUAAGUUAUUUAGGAAUACCAUACGCUUUACCACCAAUAAAUGAGAAUCGAUUCAGACCUCCCGUUCAUUUGUCCUCAAAGAAAUUAUGUCAUAAAGCCUGGGAACUAAGUAACACCACAGUAAUUAACUCGAUUUAUUAUACACAAUACUACAAACCUUCUUGCUUACAAUUACUGCCAAAAUCCUCAGAUAAUGCAUUUGAUGGUAGUGAAAAUUGUCUUUAUCUUAAUAUACAUGUACCAAUCAACCGAAAGUCAAUCAACCAAGCUAAACCAGUAAUUAUUAUCAUAGAUGGAUUAUUUUUUAUGUAUAGCAAUGAACCAAAACAACCUAGCUCUGUUACUGUAUAUAAAACUGAUGCUAUUCAUGUAACAUUUAAUUAUCGAUUAGGUCCAUUUGGUUUUUUACCUCAUCCAUAUGAAAAAAUAGCAAAUCUUGGAUUACAUGAUCAAUUAUUAGUUUUACAAUGGAUUCGUAAUAAUAUUGCACAAUUUGGUGGUGAUCCAUUUAAUGUUAUAUUAUUUGGUUAUGGUUCUGGUGCAACUUGUGCAUUAGCACUAUUCUAUAGUUCCAUUAGCAACCAAUUAUUUGAUAAAUUAUGGAUUACAGCACCUAGUUUAAGUUUAUUAAAUAUAUCUAUAAAUGAUUCCAUUCAAACAAUGAAUUAUGCAUUAAAUUGUCAUAAUCAUAUUAAUCCUAAUAAUUGUUCUAAUGAAAAAUUAAAUAAUUUUAAAAAUUUAUUAAAUUUAUGGAAUUGGACUAUUAUUGAAAAAUGGUUAAUUCAUUCAAUGUUUAGUUUACCAUCUAUAAAUGAAUUAAAUAAUAAUCAUGAUAAAAUCAAUAAUUUUUUCAAUAUAUUGAUUAAUGAUAAUAAAUUUAUAAAUAUUGAUUUAUGGAAUAAAAUGAUCAAUUCAAAUAAUCAUAAUAAUAAUAAACCAAUCAUUAUUGGACAAACAUCUCAUGAAGUAUCAAUUUAUCCUUAUCCUAAAACAAUACCAUUUUGGAAUAAAAAUCAUUAUCAAAAUUAUAUUAUAAAAAAAUUAAAAAUUAAUAAUAUCACUUUAAAUGAUCAAUAUUAUCAAUAUAUUUUUUCAAAUAAUUUAAAUUGUACAUACAUGAAUGAUAACAUAGAAACUAAGAUAAUUAAUGAGAGCAAUGAUUGGAUGUCUAAUUUAAUGUUAUUAAUUACUGAUAGUCGAUUAACAUGUCCAUUAAGUGAAUUAGUUAAUCAAUUAACAAAUCAAUAUUAUCCAAUAUAUCAAUAUUAUUUAACUGGUAUUCAUAGACGUUUUGAUCCAUAUUCAUUAAAUAGUUAUAUAACAUAUGCAUUUCAUGGUUGGGAUGCAAUGUUAUAUUUAAGAACAUAUGAAAUACAUAAUGAUUUUCUAGAUCCAAGUAUAUUACAAUUAAAUAAUCAAUAUAAUAAUGAAAAAGAAUUAAAUCAAUUAAGAAAAAUUAGUGAUUUACUUAAUAAAGCAAUAUAUGAAUUUUCAAGAACUGGAUAUAUAUCUAAUUGGUAUGAAUCAAAAAAAGGAAAUUAUGAUGUUAAUUUAAUUGAAAAUGAUCAUUUAUGUAAAUAUAUAAAUAUAAUGAAUGAACGUUGUAGUUUUUGGAAAUUAUUAUAUAAUAAUAAUUUAUUUAAAUCAACAUGGAAAUUUUAAUUUAUUGAUUUUUUUUCUUUUCUUUUAUACUAAUCUAUAUAAUAAGCAUUGACUAUUAUAAUCUGCUGUCAUUCUGUAUAAACACUUACUUACUUACUUCACCUGUUACUCUCAAUGGAGCAUAGGCCGCCGACCA